AUGGACAAAUGGAAUCAAACAUCAAGUGAUUUCAUUCUGUUGGGGUUAUUGCCUCCAAAUCAAACUGGUGUACUCCUCUUACUACUUUUCAUCUUCAUCUUAUGUCUUGCCUUGUUUGGUAAUUCAACAAUGAUCCACCUCAUAUGUGUGGAUUACCAGUUCCACACCCCUAUGUACUUUCUCCUCAGCCAGCUUUCCCUCAUGGACCUGAGGUACAUCUCCACCACUGUUCCCAAGAUGGCAUUCAAUUUCCUUUCUGGACAAAAAAGUAUCUCCUUCCUGGGUUGUGGAAUCCAAAGCUUCUUCUUCCUGACAAUGGCAUGUUCUGAAGGUUUACUGCUAGCCUCAAUGGCCUAUGACCAUUUUUUGGCCAUCUGCCAUCCUUUCCAUUAUCCCAUCUGCAUGAGUAAAAGGGUUUGUCUGAAAUUGAUCAUAGUGUCUUGGACAUUGGGAUCCAUCAACUCUUUGGCGUACAGAGUCUAUGCCCUACACAUCCCUUACUGCAGGUCUAGGGCUAUAAAUCAUUUCUUCUGUGAUGUCCCAGCCAUGUUGCCUCUAGCUUAUAUGGACACUUUGGUCUAUGAGUAUAUGGUGUUUGUGAGCACUAGCAUGUUUCUUCUCCUUCCUUUCCUUGGUGCCUCUGCUUCUUAUGGACUAGUACUUUUAGCUGUCUUCAAUAUGCACUCAAAAGAGGGAAGGAAAAAGGCCUCCACUACAUGCUCAACACAUUUAACUGUGGUGACACUUUAUUAUGCACCUUUUGUCUACACUUAUCUUUGACCCAGGAGUCUUCACUCACCUGCAGAAGAUAAGAUUCUGGCUGUUUUCUACACCAUCCUUACCCCCAUGCUCAAUCCCAUAUAUAGUCUGAGGAAUAAGGAAGUCCUGGGAGCUAUGAAAAGAGUGCUUGGGAUAUUUUCCUUUGUGAAAAAAAUAACCAUUUUACUCUAA